CAGUAGUGAGAUUUAAUGUGUUAUCAAAAUAAAUGUAUUAUAUAAUGUAAUUUAAAUUUACGUAGGUAUAAUACAAAAGAUUAUUCCCCCCAAUUUACAAGAUACUUAUAUGCAUUUCAAGUUGUAAUGUAUAUAAUAAACUGCUAUACAGCUUUUCAUUCCAGUUCGAUUUUUAAGUUUGCCUGACUACAUACAUAUCAUACAAAUCCCCAUACAUAUUACACCAAUAACUAAGCAAUAUGGAGUCGAGCAUCGCUGAAUUGUUCAGAGAUGGGAUUGUUUUUGUUACUGGAAGUACAGGGUUUUUGGGAAAAAUACUUACUGAUAAAUUACUAAGAUCUUGUUCAUUGAAAAAAAUUGCUAUUCUUGUGAGAAAUAAAAAAGGUGUCGAUUCAAUUCAAAGGGUUGCAGAAAUCUACAAUCAAUCUAUAUUUGAUCGUCUUCGAAUAGAAAAGCCUGACUUCUUGACUAAGAUAAAAAUAAUGGACGGAGAUCUAGAACAAUCUUUAUUAGGUUUAUCGUCAGAUGAUCGUGAUUGGUUGAUUGAAAAUGUGAAUUUCAUUUUUCACUGUGCUGCAACAGUCAGAUUCAAUGAAACUCUUCGCACAGCAACGAAAAUAAACAUACAGGGAACAAAUGAUAUUUUAGACCUUGCGUCGAUGAUGAAAAAUCUUAAGGGUGUUGUACACGUAUCAACUGCUUACUCACAUUGUCCGAGGAAUAUAAUUAGGGAAGAAUUCUAUCCUGUUCCGAUUACGGCCAAAGAGUUGAAAAAUAUGUCCAUUGAAGAGAUUUCAUGUGCAAAGUAAUUUUUUAAAUGUAAAUAGCAUUACACAUUUACUAAAGCAAUCACAGAAAAUAUGAUAUUAAACGAUGAUAACCAAUUGCCAAUUUCCAUAUUUCGUCCAUCGAUUAUUGGAUGUACACACUUAGAACCUUAUCCCGGUUGGUUGGAUACUAUUAAUGGACCAUCUGGCAUAGUUACCGGAGUUAUAGUUGGAUUUUUAAGGACGAUACAUCUUGAUUCGAAUAAAAUAACAGAUAUUAUACCAGUUGAUUAUACUGUAAACGCAUUGAUUAGUGUUAUGUGGGAUACAGUUAACAGUUAUCAACAUUCAAAUCAAACUAAAAAGGUACCAAAAAUAUAUAACUACGUUUCUAGUAAUGAAAGUCCGUUGACAUGGAGCAGAUUUAUUAAAGAAAUAUAUGACCAUUAUUUUGAAGCUCCUCCGUUGCAAUCGAUGUGGUACAAAAUUUGUAUUUUACAUACCAAUUUUUUAAUUGUCACAAUUAUGAGAUUUUUGCUUCACAAGGUACCAGGUGCAUUAAUGGAUUUGUUGUUAAUUAUAUGUGGUAAAUCUCCCAAAAUGCUGAAAAUAUAUUCAAAAACAGAUAAUACGUCGGAUUUUCUUAAAGAAUUUACUACUAGAGAAUGGUCAUUUGAUAAUGAAAAUACCAAAAAACUUUGGUUAUCAUUAAGUAAAGAAGAUCGUAAUAUAUUUUGGUUUAGCUUGGAAAAAUUCGACUGGAAAGACUAUUUAAACAUAUAUUAUUUUGGGAUCAGGAAACAUAUACUUCACGAAGAACUGAGUAAUACAAAGGAGGCUUUAUCGAAAAAUCGAAAAUUAUUCUGGUUGCAUUAUUUGUGCAUUGUUCUCAUUAUUUAUCUUCUACUACAAUUUUUGUAUUGGAUAUUUGUAAUGUAAUACAAUCAUACAUUUACGCAUUUAAAUCAUACAUCAAUGACAUUUCUACAGAUAAUUAUCAUAAAACCAAACAACUGAUAUUCAAAACUUUAAAUUAAUAACUACUGUCUGCUACAUUUUGAUUUUAUUUAGUUAUAUCUA